AACAUGAAACUCAGUCGAUUUACACGAUCGCCAGCCACCAGAACCUGGUACCGAUUAGAUCCAGACACGCCUACUUGAAGAGACGGACGCAAGUACCGAAUUUAACGAUGAUUAUAUUGUUCCUCGUGUUGGCUUCCUCUGUUGUAUUAGCACUCGUUUUUUCUAUACUUUAUGUUACGUACAGGCCUCCGAAAAUUUGCGAAACUGAGGGCUGCGUACGAUUUGCUGCCAGUUUGAAACAAUCUAUGGACACGUCUGUAGAUCCUUGUGAUGACUUUUAUAACUACGUCUGUGGAAAAUGGUCGGACGAGCACCCAAUACCUGAUAAGAGUUUCAUGAAUUCGUGGUUCGACGAGCGCAGGGAAAGGGUAUUUAUAAAAAUUCGGGAAGUCCUGAAGGACAAUACCACGAACACUGAUGCACCUUGGGCCGUGAAGCAGGCGAAAAUAUUGUACACCAGCUGCAUGGACGUGCACACGAUGAACGAGCUGGGACUGGCGCCAGUGUUCGAAUUACUCGAAGAGCUCGGUCUACCUCCGAUUCCUGCGGCGUUUACUAAAAAGACGGGCAAUUAUAUCGAACAGAUGGCCAUGGUCAAGAAAAUUUUAGGGAGGGAUCUGUUUUUCGGUUUGGACAUCACACCAGAUCCUCGGAACACGAGCAAGAACGUCAUCGUACUAGACACUCCCCUCACCAGCAACCCUUUACCGAAUGAUAAAGAAUUGGAGAAACGGCUGCAUUUGAUCAGAUCUCGUUUCCGGAAGUUAGAAGAAGAGGAAGUUGAGGACAGUGAACCGGAAGCGAAGGACGCGGAAAUUACGUAUAUGACUGACGUAAUCAAGGAGAUCCUUAAUAAUGGAAGUCUCGAUGUUUGCUCUUUAGAAAACUCCUUAUAUCCUGAAAAAGAAGAGUUGGAGGAAGUCGUUGAGACGCUCUACGAAAUGACCAGCUUGUUUUAUUACUUGUCUCGUUUCGAGGGCAACGAGACUAUAUGGGAUCGCGAUCCAUCUAAUGAUGACUACAUGCUGGUCGAUGAUCUCCAGAAGUUGACCGACGAGUACGUCACGGAAAUCAAUUCGACUCUGACACCCAAACCAUUAUGGCGACCAUUCAUCGAGUCGCUUUAUAAGGACAUCGACACAUUAGAUUUGAACGAUAAGGACAAAGUGUUAAUUGGCGAUUUGGAAUUCUUAAAAGAAGCCGCUCUCGUGCUGGCUCUUUCAGAGGAGCAAGAAUUAGAGACUUAUAUUUGGUGGGUGAUUAUUGACAUCGUCGUACCUCAUACACCUAGCAAUUUAAGAGAAAUCUGGGUGAAGUAUAUUAAUGAAAUUACGAGCAUUGAAAUCGGUGAAUCGAAAUCACUUCGUUGUGCUUCUGCAGUGAACGAGUUGAUGGGGAUGGCGGCUUCCUGGUUGAUCGUAGAUCCGUCGUUCCAUGAAGACAAAGGGAAAAAGGUGUUCGAAAUGAUGAACGACAUAAAGGAAGCAUUCGCUUCGAUGGUUUCGCACACCGAUUGGAUGGACGCGCAGACGAAAGCAGCAACUCUAGAUAAGAACAGCAAAAUGGAGUCUCAAAUUGGCUUCCCGGAUUGGCUGUUCGAUCAAACGAUACUCAACGAAUAUUACGAAGGCAUAGAUCUCUCGGAGACGGAAUACUUGAGUAACAUGAUUCAGAUUAUUCGACUGAUGUCUCUAUCCGAAUUGGAAUGCAUUCACCAAAUAAAUUACAACAACAUGUCAUUGUAA